CAGGGCGGGUUUGUGUGUGAAGAGGUCGGGGUAGCUGCCUACGUGUAGCCGCUUUGCUCCUGCAGUCGCUCGGACCACACUGCGGAUCACACGGGCUGCUCUCUGGGUGUCAAUAAUGGUGAAAAUAACGACCGUCAAGACCAAGCCGUACACGGACCAGAAGCCCGGGACGAGCGGCCUGAGGAAACGGGUGACGGUGUUCCAGCAGAACCAGCACUAUGCGGAAAACUUCAUCCAGAGCAUUAUCUCCGUCAUCGACCCAGCCGAGCGACAGACGGCCACUCUGGUGGUGGGAGGAGAUGGGAGGUUUUUCAUGAAGGACGCGAUUCAGCUCAUUGUUCAGAUUGCAGCAGCCAACGGGAUUAAUCACCUUGUAAUUGGUCAGAAUGGCAUAAUGUCCACCCCAGCAGUCUCCUGUGUGAUCCGCAAGAUAAAGGCCGUGGGCGGCAUCAUCCUCACAGCCAGCCACAACCCAGGAGGCCCCAGUGGAGACUUUGGCAUCAAGUACAACAUUUCCAGUGGAGGACCUGCCCCCGAAGGCAUCACAAAUAAAAUCUUUGAGAUCAGCAAAGGCCUUCAGGAGUAUCAGAUCUGCCCUGAGCUGAAAGUGGAUCUGGGUACAAUUGGGAAGCAGACCUUUGAAGUAGACACUUUUAAGCAAUUUAUAGUGGAGAUUGUUGACUCAGUUGAAGCCUACGCUGAGAUGUUAAGGGGCAUCUUUGAUUUUGCUGCGUUGAAGGAUCUUCUUUCUGGCUCUGACCACAUUAAUGUGCGACUGGAUGCGAUGCACGGAGUGGUGGGUCCUUAUAUUAAGAAGAUAGUCUGUGAAGAGCUGGGUUCUCCCGCCAACUCUGCGGUCAACUGCGUCCCCCAGGAGGACUUCGGUGGUCAUCACCCUGACCCCAACUUGACUUACGCCGCUGACCUGGUCAACACCAUGAAAAGUGGAGAGUAUGAUUUUGGAGCCGCCUUUGACGGCGAUGGUGAUCGAAACAUGGUGCUGGGCAAACAUGGCUUCUUUGUGAACCCUUCCGAUUCCGUGGCUGUGAUUGGUGCCAACAUCACCUGCAUCCCAUACUUCAAAAAGACUGGUGUCAAAGGCCUGGCCCGCAGCAUGCCUACCAGUGGAGCUUUGGACAAUGUGGCCAAAGCUCUGAAGAUGCAGUUGUAUGAGACUCCGACGGGCUGGAAGUUCUUUGGGAACUUGAUGGAUGCUGGUAAACUCUCACUGUGUGGAGAGGAGAGCUUUGGCACUGGGUCGGAUCAUAUCCGUGAGAAGGACGGCCUCUGGGCCGUGCUAGCAUGGUUGUCCAUCUUGGCCAGCAGGAAGCAGAGUGUGGAAGAGAUUAUGAAGGAUCACUGGCAAAAGUUUGGCAGGAACUUUUUCACAAGGUACGACUACGAGGAGGUUGACUCAGAUGCUGCAAACAAGAUGAUGAAGGAUCUGGAGACACAGAUGUCUGACCCGUCAUUUAUUGGGAAGCAAUUCUCAUCUGGCGACAAGACGUACGCAGUGGCCGUUGCUGACAACUUUGCCUACACAGACCCCGUGGAUGGAAGUGUGUCCAAAAACCAGGGCCUCCGGAUCAUCUUCGCCGACGGUUCCAGGAUCAUUUUCCGUCUCAGCGGCACAGGGAGCGCAGGAGCAACCGUCCGGCUUUACAUAGACAGCUACGAGAACGACGGCCAGAAAAUCCUCCAGGAUCCACAGGUGAUGCUCGGCCCUCUGGUGGACAUCGCCCUGAAGGUCUCCCAGCUCCAUGAACGGACCGGACGCACCGGCCCCACUGUUAUCACAUGAUUCAGCAACACAAUACCUCCGUCCCGUUUAGUGGGGUUAAGCUGCCCCUGAAUGCUGUCACAGCCUUCCUAAAGCUAGAGAUAGUUUCAAAUAAAGGGAAACGCAGGAUGAAAAGAAGAACAUACACAAGGAGUUUUUUGACAUAUUCACUGCCUUCUUUUUGUAUUAAGCCUCAGUGAUGUAUCAGACUGUUUAGGUCUAAAUGGGACAGCUAAGUGUCCUAACACAUUUCAGUCAUCUGCCUGACCUAAACGCACAUUAGCAUAUGUUUUCACUUGUGAUUACAUAAAAAAACAAAUGCACUGGAGCUCGCCUCGUUUCCUCUCUGGAAACGUAUUUAGUCCAGGAAAUGUUUUUGUUCGACUCUGAUGCACAGCAAAAUCAUGUAAAUCAGAUCCUGCUAAACUGAGCAUAAAUCAGCUUUUCUGGGCAGCCUUACCCCUUGUGUCGUCACUUCUCCCUGUGAUGCUGUUGGGUCUUCUUUUUUCUGUGUCUGUCCAAGCUACCGACAUCGCCCUUAAACCUGAGCCACAGCUGUAGUAUCAAGAAUUAACAAACCGAUCAUGAAUAAAAAGAGCCUUGUGGGAAAGAA